AUGUUAGACUUUUUACAAGACCUCACUCGAAGAACUGUAGUGAGACACCCAAAUGAGUCGCCCGGUCUCGUUGAUGUUGCAAAAGAGAAGAUGGGCAAAUUGUUGGGAAGGGAAACAUCUUUACCGUUGUCUUUGAGAACCUGUUUGGUAGUCCGAGUACGCCCAACU